AUGCCCAUCAACUACCUCAUCUUGCUCAGCCGGCAGGGCAAAGUGGUUAGCAGUCCCCUUCCGUGGUCACCCACCUUCAGACUUGCCAAAUGGUUCAUUACACUGUCUCCCAAGGACAAGGCGAAAAUCGUUCGAGAUGUCUCUCAACUCGUCCUGUCACGACGGACUCGAAUGUGCAACUUUCUUGAAUACAAAGACAGCAAAGUCGUCUAUCGUCGCUAUGCUUCUCUGUUCUUCAUCGCCGGAUGCGACUCCACAGACAAUGAAUUGAUCACACUCGAGAUCGUCCAUCGAUACGUCGAGCAGAUGGACAAGUACUACGGCAACGUCUGCGAGCUCGACAUCAUAUUCAACUUCCAAAAAGCAUACUUCAUUCUGGACGAGCUACUUCUCGCUGGCGAAAUGCAGGAAAGCAGUAAGAAGAAUGUGCUGCGAUGCAUAAGCCAGGAGGACAGCCUUGAAGAUAUGGAGUUCAUGCCCAAUCGCGACCUCGACAUCGUUACCUCGGCUCUCAAUUUCUCGACGCCCGAUUUGAGCGUCGUAGGAGGAUGCGAUCUCUACACUACCAAAGCCGCUGGUGGCGACAAAAAGCUGUACAAGACGAUCGAGAAUGGGCUCGAGGAACAGUACCAGGCGCGAGUCACCUUAUCGCAUUCACUUUCGCCGCCUGAAGCCCGAUUGAUGGCGCCAAGCCUGAAUCUCAGCCGCAGCAGUCCGUUCGGCAGCAUGGAGAAAAUCAGCUCGCGGCGAACCUACGCGUAUCUGAUUGCGACGCUCAACGCAAGUCAUCCCGAUUACGACUUCUCUCACACCCUGAGACCGACAGACUUCAAGCGAGAGAAAAGCCUUAGAGCGGUAAUCAACAACGUAGACACCACGCUUUACAACUUGAGGCCUAGACCGUUCAAUUCGUACAAGCCUGUCUACCCACCUGGCUCUAUGCUUCCGCCUCCUGGUCAGCCAAGCUGGGGUCCUGCCAUGUGGGGAUUGAUCGAUCAGCAAAUGAGCCUCAAGGAAUGCCACAUUUACCGAUAUGCGCCCGACCUUGAUCCGUUCGAGGAGGACGAAGAAGGCGGCACGAUAUGGUCGACCAACUACUUCUUCUUCAACAAGACUCGUAAGAGAGUCUGUUAUCUGUACCUGCAAGGAAUCAGCGUGCUGUCACAGUCUGCCAAGGAUGGCGGACUGAUGACACCGAUCAAGUCCAAACGUCUAGCUGACGACGAGAGCGACGGAUGGUUGACGCCUGAUCUGGGCGCGCGAAAACGUGCACGGUACUGGUUGGGCGACCGAGAUGGUAUCGAAGUCGUCCCGCAUGAAGACCCUGAUGUUGAGGUCGUAGGAUCACGAAUUGUCAUUACAGAUGCGCCAACAGCGGGAUUGGACGAACGAAGUAGCGACGAAGAAGGCUUUGGGCCGCCAAAGAGACCGGUGGUCGACGAACAUCACAAUUAUCUUCUUAGUGACGAGGAGACGCGCAGCACCCGCAGUAUGAGCAAGUCGACCGCCAGGGGUGUGAGUGAGGAGGUAGUCGGGCGGAUGGAAGUCUGA